AUGGAAAAAACAAAUGUAACAAUUAAUAGGGAAUCAUCAAAAAUUAAUUUAUUAUGGUCGCCAUAUUCACGAAGGUUACGGAUUGCUAUAUUACUUGCUUUAGCAUUAGGAAUUGAAGGUUUAAUGCGAAGUAAUAUUAAUAUGGCAAUGAUUUGUAUGAUAAAAAAUAAUAUACCAAAGUCACAAGAAAUAGAAAAAUAUAAUUUAACUGAAUAUAAUAAAAAAUGCAUGUAUGAAAAUGGUAAUAGUAACAUUAGUUUAGUUAGACGUUAUGAAGGUGAAUUUGAAUGGUCAGGACAGGAACAAAGUUAUAUAUUUACAUCAUUCUACUUAGGAGGACUUUUUAGUGUAAUACCUGGUGCAUAUCUUUGUACAAAAUUUGGAUCAAAAUAUGUUGUAUUUUGGGGAGCAGUAUUAAAUGUUGCAGGGACAUUUUUAACACCAUUAACAGCUAGAUAUUUAGGUCCAUAUGCUGUUAUUGUUGUACGUUUUAUUAUGGGUACAGGACAAGGAAUUUUAGUGCCAUGUAUGAAUGUUCUUAUUGCUGAUUGGUUUCCAAUGUUUGAAAAAAGUAUGGCUGUAGCAAUUGCAACAACUGGUAAUCAAAUAUCAGUUAUAACUGCAUUAUUCUUAACAGCAGAACUUUGUCAAAUAAAAAUGUUAGGUGGAUGGCCAGCUGCAUUUUAUAUUUAUGCAAUUAUUGGAACUAUUUUUUGUACAAUAUGGUUUUUUUUUGUUAUUGAUAGACCAGAAUUAGAUAAAAAAAUAACACAAAUGGAAAUUAAUUUUAUAAAUGGUAAUAAAAAAAGAGUUGUUAAUAUAUCAAAAAAUAAUACAAUACCAUGGAAAAAAAUAAUAACAUCAAGUACAGUAUUAGCUGCUUCAUUAAAUUCUUUUGCACAAAAUUUUUUUAAUGUUGGUCUAGUUACAUACAUUCCAUUAUAUUAUAAAACUGUAUUAAGAGCAAAUUUAACAUCAAAUGGUAUAAUGAGUGCUUUACCAUUUAUUGUACAAUUAGUAACAAAAAUUACUUUUGCAACAAUGGCUGAUUACUUAAAAAAAAAUAUGAUUAUGAGUAAUACAAAUGUUACAAAAAUGUUUAAUUUUAUUGGUUCAAUUGGUGCAUCUAUAUUAAUAUUUUUAGUAACAUAUUUUGAUUGUGAAAAUAAAUUAAUGGCAGUUAUUUUGAUAAUGAUGUCAGUUGCCCCAAAAUAUACAGCUGUUGUUGGAUCUUAUUGUAGGAUUUGGGCGCAAUUUGCAUCAGUUUUAGCACCAUUUACUAUUGGUUUAUUAGUAAAAAGUAAUAAUCCUGAUGAUUGGAAAUAUGUUUUUUAUAUUUUAACAGGACUUCUUUCUUUAUGUGGUAUACAUUUUCAAAUAUAUGGAUCAUCAUCACCAAUGGGAUGGGCAAAAUUUGAAACACAAGAUGAAUUAUUAGGUGAACCAUUACAAAAUACAAAAAUACAAGAUGAGGGUAUAGAUGAUACAAUAAAAAAAAUUGAUAAUGAACUAAAGAAUUUGAAAGUAAAUUAA